GUCAGAAAAGUUCGCCAAUAAGCCUCUCCGGACACGACGCCAUGGUCGACCUGCAGCAAGCAUCGAUCUUCAAAGAACCUUUCUUCAUCGUUUUACUCGACUGCACCGACCAAAACACGAUCAUACACAUGUGGAAGUUGACGAUCGCUUCAACCGACACCGAAUGCGCUUUGACGGGCAGCCAAAUGUACGUGCCCGACUGCAUCCUGGUGCAGGACGAGAACGACCUCUCGAGGAAGAACAGCAUGGAAUCGUUGCAUCUGAAACCGUCGAAAGUGAGUCCGCACAUCAACUUGACCGUGACGAGAGAAGUGAAGCAAGUGCUCCCUCUGCCGGACGGAAUCGAAAUCGUGCACGCGACCCCAGCAGCAGGACAUUUGAGUUCCGCUUCGAUAUAUCCAGCCUGUUUGGCACCAUACUGUUUCGCUACGGCGUGCAGCGACGGAAUCAUCAGGUUCUGGACCGUUUCGACCAAUUCGAAGCAAGUGAAGGAGUUCAGUCACUUGUUGUUGGAAGAGGAUGGGGAAAUCGUCAACACUGGUCAAAUUUGGACGGAGUGGAACAUGAUCAAGGAAUCGGCCAUCGAAAUUGAAGGCCAGGUACUCAACAUAAGCGUUGCCUACUCUGGCAGACUGGCCUGCGCGUAUAAAUACGGAAGAAGCUUUACGAGACCCAACAAAGACGACCAAGAUUCGCGAUUUAUUAACUUGUGCGUGGCCAUAUAUGAAUGCGAAUCGACCGGAGGCAGCGAAUGGAUCCUAGAAGAUGUCAUCCACCUGAAGAACAUUCACUUACCGCGCAUCGAUAUCAACCGACACCUGGAUCUGAGCUACCUCUACGAUUCGAAGACCCUGAAGAAGAAACAACGGAUAAACGAAGUGCUGCAUACUUUCUCAAACGAUGACAGACAAACGCUGACAACCGAGCCGCAUAUUAAGUCGACCCUGUUGGCUGUGCCGAGUUUCACUACGUUACAGUCGCUGAGGAAAUCGAUCUCGGAGAUGGGCAACAUCUGCCCACUCACCCAGAAGCACAUCGUCCAGCUGGACUGGGUAUCCAAUGAAGACGGUUCACACAUACUCACCGUAGCAGUCGGAAGCAAGAUCAUGCUGUACACUCCACUCUCCACCGAUCUGGCGCAAGCCAACGUCAAAGCCAUGAAGGAGAGCUUGAAUAACUACCGGCCGAUAUUGAGGAAGGCAAGUUCGCUGGCCCAACCCAUGUUCGUCGAUGACUUCAAGUGGAUGACGCUGCGGAAGAUCGAGUUGCAGACAGCAGAUGGUCUGCCCGCUCUACCCAUGCAUAUCAGCUGGGUCAGGGACGGCAUCCUCGUCGUAGGCAUGGACUCCGAGAUGCACGUCUACACGCAGUGGACGCCUCAGAAUCCCGCACUGCAGCAGAGCCAGUCUUGCGAAACUGACGGCAAAAAUGGCAGGGACGUAGAUUUCCGCACGCUCACCCAGGAGAACCAGAAGAAGUUGGCGGCCGUGCCUACUCUCGGCAGGAUUAGUUCGGUGAACUUGCAGAUACUGGAUAGGAAGAGGAACAAGGAACCGAAUCUGGAUUAUAUGCCGGAUUACGGGUUGUUUGAAGCAUCAAGGAUCGCGUGUCCGGUGCUGCCGCAGUACCAUCCCAAGCAGCUGAUGGAGUUGUUAAAUUCGGGAAAGAUCAGAUGGGUGAAGGCCAUCCUCUCUCACCUAGUUAAAUGUAUCGGAGGCAACCAAGACUCGACAGAAGAGAUACAAAGCUGGACAAGAAACCGAACACUAUCCGUUAGUUAUCCAGCUGGCAGCCCUGAGCAUAGAGCCAGCGUCGGUGAUAUCAAUUUAGACUACGACGAAAUAAACAACAUCCCUCCUCUGCCGCUGUGGACCCUUUUAGCAGCAGACAAAGAGCACUCAG